AUGAAUUACAAUCAAGGUGAAUCUGCUAGUUAUCAAGGAGGUCAAUCUACCGGUUACCAAGGUAAUGCUGGCUAUAGCAAUAACAAUAACAACUAUGGCUAUCCACCACCUCAACAACAACAACAAUCGUAUGGAUUUCCUGAACCUCAACAGCAAUCGUAUGAUUAUCCUAGCCCUUCUCAUGGUUAUCCUCAACAACAACAACAACAACAAUCUUAUGGUUAUCCUGCUCCUUCUCAAGGCUAUUCUCAACCACAAUCAUCUUAUGGUUAUCCUCAACCUGAUGGUGAUGACCGUGCCACUAUUGACUCUACUUAUUCUAACAUCAUGUCCAACAUGUCUGGUCAUCAACCUGCUCAAGACCAUGAAAUCCGCGCUGCUCAAGAAUCCUAUGAACAAGUGAUGCGAGACCCCAGUCAAACCAAUUCACCUGAUGCAGUAGGUAAUGCUGCUGCUGUACAUGCACUGCAGCGAUCUCAACAAACAGGCGGUGGUAUGGCUGACAUGAUCAAGAUGGCUAUGGAACAAGCAGCCAAGAUGUUUGGUUCAGGUCAUGCCAACAAGAAUGACACUGGUAAGUCCCAAGCCAUUCAACAAGCUGCGAUGAUGGCCAUGAAGUUGUACAUGUCCAAGCAAUCCAAUGCUGCUGGUGGACAUGGCGGUAGUAGUAGUAGUAGUGGUGGUGGUGGUAGUAGUGCUGCUAUUAGUAGUUUGUUAGGUAUGUUGAUGGGUGGUUCCAAUAGUGGUCAACAUCAGCAACAACAACAACAACAACAUAGUUCUUCUAGUGGUGGUGGUGUUGGUGCUAUGGUAGGAUCUCUUCUUUCAGGUCAUGGUAAUUCUAGUCAACACAGCAACAACAAUCAUUCUUCUUCUGGUUAUCAGCAAAACAAUAACAACUAUUAUCCUCCUCCUCCUUCUUCUUCUUCUGGUCAUCAGCAAAACAAUAAUAACUACUAUCCUUCUUCUGGUCAACAGCAGAAUAAUAGUAACUACUAUCCUCCUCCUACUUCUGGUAACCAACAACAACAACAACAACAUGGUACUGAUUUUGGUGCCAUGGCUUCUCAGCUAAUGAACAAAAUGUUUAAAUAA